AUGGCGGACCAACCUAAACCAAGUUUGUUCUCAUCUCUCAGUCUAGGUCGAGCGUCUCGUCCUAAACCAACGAACACCAAUUCAAACGAAAUCAUCACACACCCUUUGUUGGGAGCUUCUACAUCUUCCAUUAACCUUCCUUCUGCUGAGCUUACUCUGCCAGACGCUUCUUCUUCGCAAGGAAGUCAUAAAUCAAGUGGAUCAUGGUCUGCGAAAACUGGUACCACGGAAAUAGCAAAUCUACCUUAUAAACCUCGUCAACGUCAUGGAGGAGGAAUCGGUUCAGCCGGUAGUUCUACCAGUAUGUUUGGUCCUACCACUACGGGCUCUCCAGUUCUUCAGCCGACUGCUUCGAACGUAUCUACAUCUCCUGCAACACCCACAGCAAUCGUCUCAGCUGCACCAACAACUUCGACCUCGACUUCCGCAACCUUCGCACUACCUCCAUCAGCGUCUGAUCCUCCAGCGCAGGUCGAUUUCUCCGCUCUUUCAUCUGCACCCGCUCUUCCUGGAUCAUCUUCUCUCACAGCUAGAUUACAGAUCCAAAGUCUCAAAGCAGCCGCACAGAGGAUUGGGCUUGGUAACGGUAGUAUGGGUAUGUCCAUGAUUGAUGCGAUAUUUGACAAGGGUCAAUUGGGUAGAGGCAAAGUUGGAGAAGGUGGAGAUUGGGGGGACUUACUUAGGAUACUCAUGGGAGGCAAAGCUGUUUUGCUCCUGCCAACGACGCCAGCAUCAUCUCUACCCAUGACUCCCCAGACCCUCAAGGAUCAUAUCGCUUUCAUCGCUCCUCCUGUCCCUCUGGCUUCAUCCUCCUUCACGUCAAAGCAGCCUGGCAACGAUACCAGCAGAGUCUCUGCGGAGAAAGAAGUUUUAGGAGAAAGUGCCAGCGUGUUCGUUACGUUGUCAGGUAUGAUAGGUACAUUAAGAGACGAUGCUAUAUCAAUCGAGUCCACCGUUCCUUUCGAUUCACCAUUGCUUCGGGACCUCCGUGACGCAAACACAUGUCAAAGUGUCCUAUCUUCGCUUAGACCUACCCAGAUAUUCUCUUCAAUCUCCACCUUUCCCUCUUUCACCCUCUCCAAAGAUGCUGCCAUUCUACCCUUUCCACCACCAUCCAAAACAUCAUCCAUUUCUAUUGCGCCAGAGACAAAGGAGAAGGAGAAGCCUCCUGCAGGUAAAUUGGGCCGCAUAAAUCCAUUUGCAUCCCUUUUUGGGGGAUCUGCUUCCGCCCCUGGUCCAACUUCUUCUAAUCCACAACUCAACACACCAAUAUCACCUCUUUUGAGAGGAGGAGAGCAAAUACUCACCCCUGAUAGACCAUCGUCUCCCUCUCGUUCUCUCCUAGGAAGCAGACCAUCCUCACCCUCUCCAGCGAGUCCAAAACCAGCAUCACUGAUGACUUUUGAUCACAAUGAUAAUGCUUCCAUCCUCUCCGAGACAGCUUCAAUCUCUCUAGCUCAUGGUGACGGCUAUCAAGUCACUGCAUACACUGUAUCCAGGCCUAUACGCUACAACGAAACUCACAAGACUCUCACUAAAGCUAUUAGAUCACAUAUACGAGAUGCGUUAUUGAAAAUGCCAGAUAAAGUGGUAGAGAAGGUUGUCAAGAUUGUUUUGGCAAAUGCGUGUCCGUCCUUUCAAAGCGAUGAGUUUAUCAAAAAUCAUAAAGGCCCAGAUGCGGAUAAGGUCGCAGUCCUAGACUUUUACGAUCCUACAGCGACUGGGGAAAGAUUACAGGAUUUCAUGGAAGGUAUCUACGAUGAUCUAGUCACUCAUUUUCGAACUGAAGGGGUGGACGGGCUGAAAAGAAAAGGUAGCGGCAACGCUCCAUGGGGCAGAGCCGGGCAUGCCCAAAGUAUAACGACGGAAGGAAAUGAUGAGUCUAUAAAGGAAAAGAAAGAAAAGGAGAGAAUGGAUAAAGAGGAUCUAAUUGAAAAGGAGGCCAGUGAAGGUACAGAAAAAGUUGAAGGCCUGAUAUGUAGGCUUUUGUACAACAGACUAUUUUCACCCCUAGAAUCGGACGAUGCGAGACACGACGAAGCGCUCGCAUCACGUAUUGCAGCCCUGAACAUGCUCGACUUAUCUCUUGAUCAUCUGGGUCUCAUAACAAGACCAGAAGGGGAACAACCUGAGGGCACCAUUGCUCAAGGUCUAACUGAUAUAGUUGACAGAAUCGGAGAUGAGUUGCAAAAGCUAUCCGGGAGUGACUGUUUGACACCCAGAGAUAAGGCACGAGUUUUGAUAACUGCUCACAAAAUCGUUGUCGACGGUCUCGCUCAACUGCCGAACGUGGAACUUCGACCUGAGGGCGAGCCUUAUCAGCCAGCUGUACCGGAGCUGGCAAAUGCUAUGCCCACUACUGAAGCAGAGGUUGAGCUGAAAGCUAUAUCUACACCCGAAAAUCAGUCAUCGAUGACCUCACCUGCUAACCACCCACUGACUUUGCAACCUCAGUCGGAAGCUGGGAGAUCCGCCCCAUCGCCAGCAGCGUCUGAUUCCUCUGACCCACUCAAUGCUCUGGGUAGCGAGACCACCGGCACCCCUAAAUCCAAUAUCCAACGAACACCUUCCGUACCUCAGCUUUCAGUUUCUGAAUCCGAAGAUAGGCCUGAGCUCAAUGAAAUCAUACAAGCAAUGUCUGAUUCUGUAAUGACUAUCACACCAUCGAUGAGUCGCGAUGCGUCUCAUUCUACCCAAGACUCGGUGCCUCCUCCCAAGCCCGCCCAAAACAAUAAGCCCGGUACUUCGGGAGCCGAUCUCAUCCUGCCGAUAAUCAUUUAUUCCGUGGUCAAAUCGAAUCCACCCCAAUUAGCAUCUCAAUUGAUGUAUCUCAGACGAUAUCGAUCAGCAAUCUGUCUGACUGGUGAAGCAAGCUACGCAAUUGUGAAUCUUACAGCAGUGGUAGAAUUUCUCGAACAUGUCGAUCUUGCUGAAUUGGGUCUAGGAGGUGAAUCAGAUAAAGUAAUGUCAAUCGAUGACCUAUCACCGAUCGGUUUGAACUACUUGGAUGAUAGUAAUGCGGACGCAGCUUCAAUUGCAUCUGCCUCCUCAAGAUUACGAGGACGGGUUUUCCAAGUUGGAGAGCUGGCGGGAACGGCAGCUGGAUCCGCAAAUAAAGUGAUUACUGGAGUCAUGGAUUCUUCUUGGACCGCUCUGAGAGGCUUAAUGGGAACUGGAGUCGCUCCAAACUCUGAACUCGAAUCCUCUGCAGUCGAAGGUAGUAGACCUGAAAUGAGGCCAAGAGGAGCAUCGACAUUUUCUUUAGCAAGUGUCACGGCUAGUGUAGCUUCCAUUGCGGCAGCUGCAGCAGCGAGAAAUCGCUCAAGAGCCAACUCUAGAGCAUCUGAGCAUGUCUGGGGUGGGAAUCAAGAAUUGAAGGAAGUCUCUUCUAGACCUGCUUCAAUCAAAGAAAAGGGUAAUGGUUACCAUUCUUCUUCCGAAGAUGAGGAUGAAGAUGAAGAAGAACCUGAGGAUGGUCAACAACAUCAUACUGACGAGGAAGUGGAGAACGCAGAGGGAAAGAACAGUGGAAAAGGCAAGGAAGAGGCCAAAGAAAGAGUCAGUUUAAGUAAUAGACUAGCUUCGAUUGGAGUUUUAGGUAGAUUAGGCAGUCCCACCAUACCUCCUCCUGCUAGCCUCAGUGAACAAGAAGGUAAAUCCUCACCCAAAGAGGAAACUCCUACAGCUUUUACUCAGCCUAAUAAAGCUGCAAACUUCUUGUCAAACAUCGCACCUAGAUCAAUUUCUUCAUCGAUCCCUUCAUCGCAUACUCCAGGUCAAGAGACCAGAUCGCACGGAAGGAGAGGAUCCCUUCUCGGUGGAGGUGCUCUGGAAUUGAUCAAAUCACAUUCACCAAGAGGAAGCAUAACUUCACUGUCCCUCUCUAAAGAAACCUCGAAUGUCGAAAUGGGCGAAGAAGACGGUCCGAUUGAGAAAUUCAUGCACUGUGAAGUUGGAGAUAUCAAAUUAUCAGAGAUUGGACUUCUGCUUCGAGAUUAUAGGAGAUUAGGAAAUAUAGUGAACGGAGUGCAGAGACAUGCUCAAUGA